CAGCGCACACACAAACGCAAUUUGUUGUUUUCCAUUUGCAGGAAAUAAAUGUUAACUGAUGUUAACAUGUUGGGCAUGUCCUCCGUAGCUCGUGCACGAGUGAUGCAGUAGUAGGCAUAGACAGAGCUGCCAGAUCAAUUCAUUUGGAGUUGAACAGUGUGACAGGUGAUUUGUUCAGCUAUAUAGACGUUGACUGCAAGCGCGUGCAAAGUUUUUUUAUGAACGCAAACAGUAACGGUGGUGCAGCUGCCUCUGCUGGAGCUGGUGGUGGUGGUGCAGCUGGUGUUGGUGCUGGCGGUGCUGCAGCUUGCGGUGGUGCUGCUGCUGGUGGUGGCGGCCCUGGCCCAGGUCCUGGAGGCGGUGGUGGAGGUGCAGGUGAUGCUGGCGCUGGCGCUGGCACCAGUAACAGUAACAAUAACAGUGCAACAAACGGCGCCAAUGAUGACCAGGACGCCAAGCGGCGCAAGUGCUUGGAAACAGACGAAGCCCAGGAUGGCGCUAGCACCAUGAUUGAUGCAAACAGUGUGCUCAAUAAGAUUGCACAUCUCUAUGCGGAUCAGUUGAUGUCGGACAUUGUGCUGCUGGUGGAUGGGAAAGAGUAUCCGGCACAUCGAGUCAUACUAUGCGCCAGCAGCGAUGUCUUUCAAGUAAUGCUCAUGAAUCCGCAGUGGAACGAGAGCAGCAAGCACGUGAUUGAGCUUCACGAGGAAGCCUGCUGCUCGGCGGUGUUUCCACAGUUUAUUAAAUACUUGUAUGUGGGCCACAUUGAGGUCACACUGCAGACGGUGAUGCCAAUGCUGGCAUUGUCCGACAAAUACAAUGUGCGGGAUCUCAUCGAACUGUGUGUGGGAUAUAUGAUGAAGCAUGUGGCCAAAGCGGCGACCAGUGGAUAUCUGGUGUCUUGGCUACAAUAUACGCUGUCGUUUACGCCCACACAUAAUGAUCUCACUGAGACGCUGAAGCGUUUUCUUAAAUGGAACCUGGGAAUGGUGGCCGACUCAAAGGAUUUUGUGGAUAUGGAUCCGGCCAUAUUGCAGCUGCUACUUCAGCAGAACGACCUUGUUAUCACCAGUGAGUACAAAUUGUUUACCAUAUUGCAGACGUGGCUGCUGCAUAGGCGCGAGCUAAUCGAGGCCACGCCCACCAUGAGCGCCGAGAGGAAGAUCAGCAGCUUUAUGGAAAUUAUCGAGCAGACUGUCAUGCACAUACGGUUCGGCAUGAUGACGCCGCGUGAGCUGGCCCAUCUAUUGUUUGUCCCACUGGUUGAGUACCACAAGGAGUUUCUCGUGGAGCGCACGGCCAUUGGCUUGAGCUAUCAGUCCGGGCAGGAAGAUCGCGUCCGUGAGGUUCGCAGCUCCGAAUGUGGGGAACUGCAAUUCACACCAAGACUCUACUGGAACGACACGUGGAGCGUUGGCAUCGAUGUGCCCAACUUUACACAGAUUGAGGACUAUAAAAACUAUGUAACCUGCUUCUUUUCGCAACGUCAUAUCGCCGAGACUGAAGACGAUCCUUGCAUGACUUGGGAAAUUGAAUUCUUUCCGCGCGGAGUAAAGUACAACAAGGCCAAAAUGGUUUGUGGCGAGGAUGUGCCCGGUUGCUCACUGAACACGGUGCGACUGAGAGUCACAUGCAAACAUCAAAAUAUUGAGGAGAAACGUUUCAAGAUUGCCGUGCUCAUCGUUGGCAUACAGAACGAGAUUCCACAUAUACGGACUGUUGUGGAGCGAACGGAAUACUUUUCCGAUCAGUCGAGAGUCAUCAAUUUGGAUAACUUGUUACCGUACGAGGAGCUCGAGCAUACGUCACGCUACUUGAGUCCCCAUCUGACUGGAAAUGAGCGCAAUACGCUCUCCCUGCACGUGGUCAUAACGCCAAUGGACGCACACACCUGUCGCGACGCGCCGCCAUUUCAGUUUUGAGUUGAAAAGCAACCCAAAAAUCCAUAAUCCGAUAAUUCAAUAACCUGAUAAACUGAUAACCUGAUAAUCCCAUAACCAUACAUAGUAUGCAAACUAAUAUACACAUAUAUAGAUGUAUAUGCGUAAUAUGUUUGAAUAUCUUUGUUCAAGAUCAGAUAUCUCGAUGUCACUUUUGCCUGAUCUUGGCGAAUAUACAUGCUUUGAAAUGUAUUCUAUGUGUGUUUGCAUCGUAGCUCUUCGUUAUUUCUUCCAUUUUUUGGUAAAAAUGAGAACAUUUAAAACCAAGCACCAAGUCAAGAAAAACAUAUUGAAUGUUUGCUGCAAUAUGAUAACUACGCUUUCUUUAUUAUAAUAAUUAUGAUUAUUGUUAUUAAUUUUUUUUUUGUAGACCCUGUACUUCAAAAGUACAUUAAUUAAGGUUGUCAAUAGCGCUGUGCAAAAUUGUUUCUUGAAUAACUUUCGAGUUUACCUGAUCGUUAUAAUUUGUACGGACAGAUUUAGAAAAUAGUUUGUACCAAGUUAUUCAAGAAAUUAUUAAGUGUAGGGCUAUAAGAAGAUGAGAAGAGUACUGUCGUAACGAUGACGUUAUGAAAUGUAACACGUGUUGCAAUUUUGCGUUAUUAACAUUAUUUUAUUUUUAACAAAAUUUGCUCUUAUACACAAUGAGUACAGGGUCUCUCAAGUUCGAGCUCGCAGAACUGUAGCCUUUCCUACUAUUGAUUUUUUUUAUAUUUUUUUUUUUACUUGAGUUUAACUUGAGCAAAUAAAAGGCCAUUUACUUGAUGAUGUAUUUGGAAUUGCGUUUUGCAUCAUUGCAUCAUUCAUUAUGUUUACCGGUCGCAUUGCAAUUCCAAUGAUUGACAUUGAGACUAAGAUGGCAAAUAUGACUAUGAAAAGGAAUUUUUCUAAUAAAAGUUGAUUUGUAUAGAAAACAAUGGGAGUCUUUGACUAGGUUUUGGUCAGGUACGAGUAUGUAUAUCGAAAGACUUUGUUUUCAGUUUAUCAGCAAAUGCUUAUGUACUAUUUAAGAUAAGUAACACUUACCUACAUACACGUAUAUGUAAGACUUCUUUCAACUGACGUUGACGUGAAAUUAACCUUUACCAUUAAAAGUAAGAUACACAUGUAUCUGUAUCUAUUUCUGUAUGAGUAUCUUUGUAUUUGUAUAACUGUAUAUAAGAUGUUAUUCUUAAGUCGAAUCAUUCUGUUUAGCUUAAUUUUUUUUACUUAUUCUUGUUUUUUGUAAAUAUUGUCAGCCAGGUCUUAACUAUUUAACUACAUGGCUUUUGUUAUAGCAUACAUAUACCUAAAUCUUCAUAAACCGUAAGCUACUCAUUAAUAGAUAAAUAGAUUGCUGGGUUAAAAGUGCAAAUUACUGUCCAUACAUAAGAAAAGUGUGGCAGAUGCAGAAAGACGAAUUGAGUGAAAUAGAGAGAGAGAGAGAGAGAGAGUAAGAGAAACAGAGACAGCGUGUGGCAUAUACAUAUGUAUGUAUGUUUGUAAAUUUAAAUGCAAAGACGUCAAUAAGUACGCUGAUUAUUCAAACAGAUAAAUAUCAAUUAUCAUAUAAUCGUAUAUCAUAAUCCUGAUUGUUAUUAAAUGCCAGAAGAGGGUUUCUUACAAUCCAUUCUCCCUGGGGAAUAAAAGUAUGUGUACCAACUUUAA